GCCAGGCAGGACACGCUCUAGCUCGCUCGCCCUUCUCAUCAUUCUCAGGCAGCCCCCGUCAGAGGCAGCUCCAAGGCUGCGGAGUUCAUCCUGCUGUUGCGAGAAGGUCUACGUAUAGUCAGACAAGAUGGGGAGUGUGCACAGGGCCACCUUGGUUCUCCUCAUGUUCUGCUUGGCGGUGCUGGGGAGGGCAGAAUAUCUCAAGUACAAGGACCCGAAGCAGUCGAUUGGUGUUCGCAUCAAGGACCUGCUCGGCCGGAUGACUCUCGCGGAGAAGAUCGGCCAGAUGACUCAGAUCGAGAGGGAGAACGCCACGACGGGGGUGCUAUCCAAGUACUUCAUAGGCAGCGUGCUGAGUGGUGGAGGCAGCGUGCCUUCUUCCAAGGCAACCGUUGCGGCUUGGCAGUCGAUGGUGAACGAAAUGCAAAAGGACGCCAUGUCCACCCGCCUAGGUAUUCCGAUUAUCUACGGUAUUGACGCUGUGCAUGGUCACAAUAACGUCUACAAAGCCACCGUCUUCCCCCAUAACGUUGGCCUCGGAGCUACCAGGGACCCUGAGUUGGUGAAGAGGAUAGGAGAAGCAACUGCUCUUGAAGUUAGAGCCACCGGGAUUCCAUACGUCUUUGCUCCAUGUAUUGCGGUUUGUAGAGACCCAAGAUGGGGACGCUGCUAUGAAAGCUACAGUGAAGACCCAAAUGUUGUCCGUUCAAUGACCACAAUUAUCUCUGGCUUGCAAGGCGAUGAUCCAUCAGAUAUCAAAGGAAGACCAUAUGUUGGUGGAAGUAAGAAAGUUGCCGCAUGUGCAAAGCACUAUGUUGGUGAUGGUGGUACGUUUAUGGGGAUCAACGAGGGCAAUACAAUCAUCGACAACGAUGGCUUGAUGACUAUUCAUAUGCCUGCUUAUUAUAAUUCUAUCAUCAGAGGCGUCUCCACUAUUAUGGUCUCAUACAAUAGUUGGAAUGGAAAGAAAAUGCACGCCAACCAUCACCUAAUCACUGAUUUCCUCAAGAACAAGCUCAAAUUUAGGGGUUUUGUGAUUUCAGACUGGGAAGGCAUUGAUCGGAUUACUACUCCCCAACACCUGAACUAUUCUUAUUCGAUUGAGGCCGGAGUAGGUGCAGGUAUUGACAUGAUCAUGGUUCCUUUUGCCUACACAGAAUUCAUCGAUGGACUGACAUCCCAAGUUAAGAACAACAUUAUCCCCAUGAGCAGAAUCGAUGAUGCUGUCUACAGGAUUCUUCGGGUUAAGUUCACCAUGGGUCUAUUUGAGAAUCCUUAUGCCGAUCCAAGCCUCAUGGGCGAACUCGGAAAGCAAGAACACCGAGAAAUCGCCCGGGAAGCCGUCAGAAAAUCACUGGUGUUGCUGAAAAAUGGAAAAUCUGCCUACACUCCAUUGUUGCCCCUCCCCAAGAAGGCCGGUAAGAUCCUCGUUGCCGGAAGCCACGCCGACAACUUGGGCAACCAAUGUGGAGGAUGGACGAUCACAUGGCAAGGAUUGACCGGCAACGACAAUACUACUGGGACGACCAUCCUUUCGGCGAUCAAGUCCACCGUCGACCCCAGCACGCAGGUGGUCUUCUCGGAGAACCCGGACAGCACCGCCGUGGACAGCGGCAACUACGACUACGCGAUUGUGGUUAUCGGCGAGCCGCCCUAUGCUGAGACGUUCGGCGACAGCCUGAACCUGACGAUCCCUGCCCCCGGACCCUCGGUGAUCCAGACCGUCUGCAAGAGUGUCAAGUGCGUGGUCGUCCUCAUUUCCGGCAGGCCGCUAGUGGUGGAGCCAUACAUCGGCGCCAUGGACGCGUUCGUCGCCGCGUGGCUGCCCGGCACUGAGGGGCAGGGCGUGGCCGACGUUUUGUUCGGCGACUACGGGUUCUCCGGGAAGCUGGCGAGGACGUGGUUCAAGUCGGUGGACCAGCUGCCGAUGAACGUCGGCGACAAGCACUACGACCCGCUGUUCCCCUUCGGGUUUGGCCUCACCACGCAGGCCAAGAAGUGAGUCCGGUGAGAUGACCGAGAUGGAAUGUAUCUCGGUUGGGCUGUGAGAGAUGGGAUACAUUGCGUUUGUGGUUGAUUUGUUUUCAAUAAAAGAGCGAUGCAUUCUUCCGGC